UCUGCAAAUUUCGAUUUCAUCAAAAGGACGUUCAGUCCGCGAACAAAACCCUAAUUCCACCAAAUCCUCGCACUUCUCAUUCCCUCGCUAAUGCGAUUCGUUCGCCACCUUGCAUGAGCGUUCUGCAUUCGCCAUUUUGAAGAGAGAAAAACAAUGGCGGAGGAGAAGAGGUUCCGCGUAGGCUACGCGUUGGCGCCGAAGAAGCAAAACAGCUUCAUCAGAGAUUCGCUGGUGAGUCUCGCGAGAUCUCGCGGGAUUGACCUGGUUCGGGUCGACCCGGACCUGCUACUGGCGGAUCAAGGUCCCUUCGAUUGCGUCCUCCACAAACUCUACGGCGACGAUUGGAAGCGGCAAUUGAACGAGUUUACGGAGAAGUACCCGAAUGCCGUGGUCCUUGACUCGCCGGAAUCUAUCGAGAGGCUCCACAACCGGAUUUCCAUGCUGCAAGUGGUGUCGGAGCUGAAAAUCGAGGACGGGAAUGAGACCUUUGGGAUUCCGAACCAAAUUGUGAUAUACGACACGGAAACGCUGUUCGAUCGCCGGAGUUGGGAGACGCUGAAGUUUCCGGUGAUUGCGAAGCCGUUGGUGGCCGACGGCAGCGCCAAGUCGCACAAAAUGGCGCUUGUUUUCAACCACGACGGUUUGAACGAGCUGAAGCCGCCGAUAGUGCUGCAAGAAUUUGUGAACCACGGUGGCGUCAUCUUUAAGGUGUACGUGGUUGGAGAGCACGUGAAGUGCGUGAAGAGGAAAUCCUUGCCGGAUGUUGAGGAGGACGAGUUGGUGGGGGUUUCGGAGGACUUGUUGUCGUUUUCACAGGUGUCGAAUUUGGCGACUGAUGAGAGAAUUGAUGAUAAGUAUUACAAGAUGAUGCAUUUGGAUGAUGCUGAGAUGCCUCCCUUGAGUUUCCUUACUCAAAUAGCUCGGGGUUUGAGGCGUGUGUUGAAGCUGAAUCUGUUUAACUUUGAUGUUAUUCGAGAUUCUAGGCGUGGAAAUCGAUACCUUAUCAUUGAUAUCAAUUACUUUCCUGGUUAUGCUAAAAUGCCAGGUUAUGAGACUGUUUUGACAGACUUUUUCUGUGAUGUGUUGUGCGAGAAAGAACAAGGGGGUGAGGAGUGUUCUGAGAAUGCUGAUCGUAUGAUGGUGCAAGAUUAUGAUAAAGAUACAAGAAAGAUUCUGAGCAAUACUUGUUGUGGUGAUGGGGAGGAGGGUAACCUACAAGUUUUGCCUUUUGGCAUGGAAGAGAAAGAAAGUUCUGUUCAAGUAUGAAAAUUUUGUGUUCUAAUAAUGUGUAUCUCAUUCUAUUACAUUAUCAUUAGUUGGUGCUUUUUAGGGUAACCAGAAUUUGCUCAAUGGACCCGUUAGCCAAUUAGUGGGUAGGGAUGAGUUGCACAUUCUAUUUAGGUAGCAGUUGAGACAGUGCUGAAAUUAGUAGGUUGUUUGUGACUAGUUUAACCUCUUAACAUGUAUAUUCCUUAUACCAUUGCUUUUGGAGAUAGGUGCUUCUCAGAUACCCUGAAGGUUU